AUGAACGCCGAGGAGCAGUACUUCGCCUCCGGCCAGCUCUACAAGGAGCCCUGCGCCUUCCAGAGGUCCCAACCCCAGGAUUACAGCCCCGGCCCUCCGGCCUGCCUCUACAUGGGUCGGCAGCAGCAGCAGCCUGCGCCGGAGCCUCCUUACUCAAGCGCUCUGGCCGGCCUGGAGCAAGGCAGCCCGCCGGACAUUUCCCCCUACGAGGUGCCCCCCAUCACGGAAGACCCCGGCCUCUCCCAUCUCCACCACCACCAGCAUCCUCACCACCACCACCACCACCCUCAGCUGCCUCACCCGCACCCGGAGGCGCUCCCCUUCGGAGACGGGAUGGACCCUGGCGCUCUGGAGGAGCCGAGAGUCCAGCUGCCUUUCCCCUGGAUGAAGUCCACCAAGUCCCACGCCUGGAAGGGCCAGUGGGUCGGGGCGGGGGGCUCCUACGUGGUGGAGCCCGAGGAGAGCAAGCGGACGCGGACGGCCUACACGCGCGCCCAGUUGCUGGAGCUGGAGAAGGAGUUCCUCUUCAACAAGUACAUCUCCCGGCCCCGCCGGGUGGAGCUGGCCGUCAUGCUGAACUUGACCGAGAGACACAUCAAGAUCUGGUUCCAGAACCGCAGGAUGAAGUGGAAGAAGGAGGAGGACAAGAAGCGAGGAGGGGGCGGCGGGGGGAGCGGGAGCGGCGGGGAGCCGGAGCAAGACUGCGCGGUCUCCUCGGGAGAACUGUCGGCCAAAGACGAGGCUGGCCAGGAGCCGCCUCCGGCGGGGAGCCUGGCCUCCCUGGAGCUGCUGCCCCCCAGCCCCGCCGCCUCCCCCCAGCCCUCGGCCCGGCGGCUCCCAGAGGCGCGGUGA